AUAUUUUCGGUGACACCCAAUCCGCGCAACUAUUGCUGUCCCGUUGAGGGCUGUUGUGCCGCCUAUACUAAGUCCAGUCAUCUGACCGCUCAUCUCCGUCGACAUACAGGUGAGAAGCCGUAUGUCUGCAAUUGGCCGGACUGUGACUGGAGGUUUUCCAGGUCUGAUGAGUUGUCGCGACACAAGCGGUCGCAUACGGGCGAGAAGACACACAUCUGUCCGUUCUGUUCGAAGGGCUUCUCCCGAUCGGAUCACUUAAGCAAACAUUUUCGGGUCCAUAAACAGGAACUGCCGGACGGUCUCGAU